UAAAAACACAAAAAAUGGCACACGUGAUAGUUUUUAACCUGUGAUAGUUUUUACAAAUUUAUACAUGUUAACCAAGCGUGACAAGAACUUAUUAUUUAUAUAUACCACAAGAAAGUCGAUACAGAAAGAAAGUAUAAGUUCAUCAGAUUAAUAUACAGGUGAAAGAGGAUAAAAAAAAAAUGCAUGAAAAAACUGCGGAGUCAAACUGAAAGUGAAAGUAUACCGACGAAAGAGAGAUGUCAAACUUUGAGGAAUUUUGCGGUAAUUCUUCAUUCUGGGAUGACACAGGUUUUUCUGACAACAGCACAUAUCCAAACUUCACUAAAUGCUUCAGGAACACAGUUUUAGUAUGGUUACCAUGUGGCUGGCUUUGGUUAACUUUACCUGUAAAUAUUUAUCUUGUCAGAACAGCCAAAAAUCAAAGAUUGCCUGUAACAGCAUUUAAUAUGUCAAAAUUGAUUUUAGAUUUAAUAUUGGUUGUUAUGACUAUAAUUGAUACCGUUAGAGAAGUUUCAGAAGAAAAGCUCAGUUAUACUGCACCUAAUGUUGUCAUUGUUUCUGGCUUGAUCAAUGCUGUUUCUUAUGGUUUGGCUGCAGUGUAUACUCAGUUAGACAGAAUACGAGGGAACAUAACAUCUACUUCUUUGUUUGUUUUCUGGUUACUUAAGGUUGUGUGUAAUAUUGUUGAUUUUUACACAAGAGUUGUAAAUCAUACAUAUGAGGAGAACCUAUUUAGAUGUAUACUAUUUUAUAUUAUAUAUUCCAUUCUGUUUGUACAACUCAUCCUUCAUUCAUUUGCCGAAAAACAGAACAUAGUUAGCGAAGAUGGAGACAGUGGUAGAGAACCUUGUCCUGAAGAAAAAGCUUCUAUACUCAAUCUUUUAUACUUUUGGUGGAUGAACUUGAUUAUUGUAAAAGCUUAUAAGAAGCCAUUAGUAGAAAAAGAUUUAUGGCCUUUGAUGUCUCGGGAUCAAAGUCUGAAUGUAGUGAAAAUAUUUGAUCGGAACUGGAGAUAUGAACUGUCUAAAGCUCAGAGCAGAAAUGCCAGAGAGAGAACUCAGCAUGUGUAUGAUAUUCAACAAUCUACUUCAGCAACUGAGAAAACACCACUACUUCAAACGAAGCUUUUACCAACCAAAAUUAAUGUCCAAAAAUCAACAAGACAUAAAGGAUCAUUGUUCAAGGCCCUGUUUAAUAGUUUUGGUUGGACUUAUUUAUUAUCAUUAUGGUUUAAAUUUAUAUCUGAUAUUCUUCAAUUUGUUGGACCUAUACUCAUUAGUUUUUUGAUAGCUUAUGCAGAUGACCGUGAAAACAAGCCGUCAUGGAAGGGUUAUCUCCCUGCUAUUGGAUUAUUUGUCAGUGGAAUGAUACAAUCUGUGUUUUAUCAUCAGAAUUAUAAGCUGGGAAUGGCUGUUGGAAUGAGGGUCAGAUGUUCCCUCAUAUCAGCAAUAUAUAAAAAGUCGUUGACAAUGAAUAGUGAUGCCAAAAAAGAGACAAUGUUAGGUCAGAUAGUCAGCCUAAUGUCAGUGGAUUGUCAACAUCUUCAGGAUAUGUUCACCUAUCUAUCCACCGUAAUGUCUGUCCCUGUACAAGUAGCUAUCGGCAUGUAUCUCCUCUGGGGAACACUUGGAAUUUCUUGUCUUGCUGGGUUAGGUGUAUUGCUUCUACUGAUACCGCUUAAUUCCUUUGUGGCUGCAAGACAACUGACUCUAACAGCUGAUGUUCUGGCUCUCAAAGGGGAGAGAAUCAAAUUGAUGAAUCAGAUUCUCAAUGGCAUGAAGGUAUUGAAGAUGUAUGCAUGGGAACCUUCUUUUACUUAUCAAGUAUCAGUGAUCAGAAGGAGGGAGCUUGACAAUUUAAUGAAAGUUGCCUAUCUACAGGGAGUGGCAACAUUUGGUUGGUUACUGGCACCAUUUGCGGUUGCUUUGGCAACUUUUGCCACGUAUGUCAACAUCAGUGAUGACAAAUAUCUUAGUGCUAGCAAAGCUUUUGUUUCUCUUGCCUUGUUCAACAUUUUACGUCUGCCAGUCAUCUUGUUAGCGCAGUCUAUAUCUGCCAUUAUACAGGGGAAAGUUUCUUUGAAGCGAGUUGGUAAUUUUCUGUGCAGUGAAGAUUUAGAUCCUAGCAGUAUACAACAUGUCUUUGAUACAGAACAUGCCAUUAAAAUACAGCGAGGUACAUUUACUUGGGAUAAAGAAAAUCCACAGUCAACAUUGAGAGACAUAAACCUUACAAUACCUGAUGGACAAUUAGUAGCAGUUGUAGGCCAUGUAGGGGCAGGGAAGUCUUCACUAUUUUCUGCAACACUUGGGGAGAUGUUGAAAAUUGAUGGCAGUGUAGCACUUAAGGGCUCAGUGGCAUAUGUACCACAGGAAGCAUGGAUACAGAAUGCCACAUUGAUGGACAACAUAUUAUUUGGAAAAACUUUCAUGCAAAAAAAGUAUAAAAGAGUGCUAGAAGCAUGUGCUCUGACCUCUGACCUUGACCUUUUACCAGGCAGAGAUCUAACAGAAAUAGGCGAAAAGGGUAUCAAUCUUAGUGGAGGACAAAAACAGAGAGUUAGUUUGGCAAGAGCAGUGUAUAGUAAUUCUGAUGUGUAUCUGAUGGAUGAUCCUCUUAGUGCUGUCGAUGCUCAUGUUGGAAAACAUAUCUUUGAAAAAGUAAUUGGAAACAAAGGCUUGCUUAAAAAUAAGACACGUUUACUUGUAACACAUGGUAUCCAUUGGUUACCAAUGGUAGACCACAUAAUUGUAAUGACAAAUGGUAGAAUAACUGAAGUUGGAACCUAUGAUGAUUUAAUCAACCAUGACGGCCCAUUUGCUCACUUCCUGAAGCAGUAUUUUAUAGAACAAAAUGAAGAAGAGGCUAUUGAUGAUCCAGAAAUUCAGCAAAUUAGAAAUAUGAUGUUAGAACAAGUUGAAUCAGUGACCUCAGAUGGACUGAACUCUGAUGAACCAGCACUAAGUCUGAUUAGAAAACAGAAUAAAGAAAUAAAGAAGAAAGAGCAUAUAGCACAAACCCCAGCCUUGUUACUUCAGACAAGAUUGACACAUGAUGAGCAGCCUGAGACUGGUGGGGUGAAAUGGCCUGUGUAUAAAGCCUACACCAAAGCAUUAGGAAUAGGAGCGUCCAUUAUAGUGAUGUUUGUGUUUUCUAUGUACCAUGCUGCCAGUGUAUAUGCUAACUUCUGGUUGACUUUCUGGACUAAUGAUCAAUAUUUGACCAAUCAAAACAACUCUGGUACUGAAAAGUUCAUUGACAAAACUAACUACUAUCUACUGGGAUAUGGGGUACUUGGUAUUAUACAAGCUGCCUUUGUUUUGAUAUAUGCAACCCUAGUGUCAGUGAAAAUGGUUCAAGCAGCUGGAAAAAUUCAUCAACACAUGUUAGACAAGAUAAUGAGAGCUCCUAUGGAAUUCUUUGAUACAACACCACUAGGCCGUAUAAUUAAUCGAUUUUCAAGUGAUGUAGAAAUGAUGGAUACUGCACUGCCAUUAACCUUCCGUAUCACUUUGAACUCACUUUAUCUAGCUAUGACCACGGUUAUAGUCAUUUGUAUUAAUACACCAAUAAUACUAAGCACAGUUGUACCUCUUAUGAUCUGUUAUGGAGUAAUUAUGAGGUUUUACCUGCCUACCUCCCGUCAGUUAAAGAGAUUAGAAUCAAUACAUAGAUCACCAGUCUUCAACCACUUCAGUGAGACCAUUGCUGGUGCUAUUGUUAUCAGGGCAUACAAAGCUUCAGAGAGAUUUAUGAAUGAAGCCCUAAAGAGACUUGAUAAAAAUAUGGUUUACUACUAUGCUUUCUUCAAUUCUGCAAGGUGGCUUGGUAUAAGAUUGGAACUAUUAGGUAACAUCUUUGUGAUAGCAACAGCUUUGUUCAGUAUUUACUCUGACUUGGAUGGAUCUUUUGUUGGUUUGUCUGUUGUUUACGCAAUUCAGGCUACUUACAUAUUGAAUCUACUGGUGAUAAACAUGAGUGACCUUCAGAGCAAUAUUGUGUGUGUAGAAAGGAUUAAAGAAUAUACAGAAAUUGAUUCAGAGGCUAAUUGGAGAUCUGCAAAGAAACCACCUGACAAUUGGCCACAAAAAGGUGAAAUUGUAUUUACAGACUUUAAAAUGAGAUACAGAACUGGAACAGAGCUUGUUUUACAAGGAAUUAAUCUUAAAAUACAUCAUGGAGAAAAGAUUGGAAUUGUGGGGCGAACAGGUGCAGGGAAGUCAUCAUUAACUUUGGCUCUCUUCCGUCUGGUAGAGGCAGCCAGUGGGGACAUCGCUAUUGAUGGAGUAAAUAUUAAAACCAUUGGUCUUCAUGAUCUUAGAGAAAAAGUUACAAUUCUACCUCAGGAUCCGGUCCUAUUUUCUGGAUCUCUCAGGCUUAACCUGGACCCUUUUUGUUGCUAUGGUGAUGAUCAGUUGUGGACUGCUCUGGAGCAUGCUCACCUUAGAGAAUGUGUGAAUAAUUUGCCUGGAAAAUUGGAUUUUCAAUGUGGAGAGGGAGGUCAAAAUCUGAGUGUAGGACAGAGGCAGUUGGUAUGUCUGGCUAGAACGUUGCUGAAGGAAACCAGAGUUUUGGUUCUGGAUGAGGCUACUGCUGCUGUUGAUUUGGCCACUGAUGAUUUAAUACAGCAAACAAUUUUCAGAGAAUUCAAGGAAUGUACUGUACUAGCUAUAGCUCAUAGACUGAAAACUGUUCUGGAUUAUGACAGAAUUGUUGUAAUGGAUAAAGGAAAGAUAGUUGAAUGUGACAACCCAGAUAAUCUGCUAGCCAAUGAAAAUAGCAUUUUCUAUGGACUAGCUAAGGAGGCAGGUAUAGUGAAUAAUGGAAAUAGCCAAGAGCAAUUGAAAACUUCUAUCAGGUAUUUGACCAAUCAGCAACCAGUUCAAAAUGUAAUAUCAUCCAAUAAAAAUUCACAUGACAACCAGAUAGCAGAAGUUAUAUCACAAAUAGACAAAGAAGAUAAUAUCUCAGAAAAAAGUUCAAAUGGUUGGUCUAGUUAUUCAGGUAGAUCUGGCAAUGAAGGGAGUGCUGAAUUAUCAAAUGGUGUAGGGAAAAAUGUUAAACAUUUUGUGGAUACCAUCUCUAUUGAUUCAGUAAGGUUUGGAGAUGUUACCAUAGUUACACCACAACAAAUUCUACCUCCAUCUUUAGAGACUGAAAUUGCUGAAACUACUGCAGAUUUAGAGUACUUCACUCCUGAGACUGAAUCUGAGUGUAGCAAAUCAAAAGAGGAAUUAGAAGAUUCAAAAGGAAACAACUCUGGCUCUGACAGGACUUUAAAAAUUCAUGUACCAGUAAAACAAGAACGGUCGUUAGAAUCGUCAUUAAAUGGUUCAGAGAGUAAAGGCAGUAGUGAAAAAUCAGAAUAUUAUUCUGCUAAUUCACAAUGUCCUGAUGAUCUUUUACUUCAGAAUCAAGUCCAGCAAGAAGGGGAGGUAACUAGUCUUCAUUCGUUUGAGAAAGAGCCUUCUCAGGAGGAUUCAGAGAAGAAAGAUAUGUGUUAAUGGUCUAUAAAAUUGAUAAUUUUUAGCUCACCGGGUCUGAAGGGCCUAGUGAGCUUUUCUCAUCACUUGGCGUCCGUCGUCCGUCUUCCAUCGGCGUCGUCGUUGUUAACUUUUUACAAAAAUCUUCUCCUCUGAAACCACUUAGCCAAAUUUAACCAAACUUGGCCACAAUCAUCAUUAGGGUAUCUUGUUUAAAAAAUGUGUCCGAUGACCCCGCGAACCAACCAAGAUGGCUGCCAUGGCUAAAAAUAGAACAUAGGGGUAAAAUGUAGAUUUUGGCUUAUAUCUCUGAAACCAAAGCAUUUAGAGUAAAUCUGACAAGGGUAAAACUGAUAAUCAGGUCAAGAUCUAUCUGCCCUGAAAUUUUCAGACAAAUCUGACAACCCGUUGUUGGGUUGCUGCCCCUGAAUUGGUAAUUUUAAGGAAAUUUUGCAGUUUUUGGUUAUUAUCUUGAAUAUUAUUAUAGAUAGAGAUAAACUGUAGACAGCAAUAAUGUUCAGCAAAGUAAGAUCUACAAAUAAGUUGCCAUGACCAAAAUUGUCAGUCGACCCCUUUAGGAGUUAUUGCCCUUAAUAGUCAAUUUUUAACAAUUUUUUGUAAAUUUUUGUAAUCUUUUACAAAAAUCUUCUUCUCUGAAACUAUUGAGACAAAUUUAACCAUACUUGGCCAUAAUCAUUAUUAGGGUAUCUAGUUUAAAAAAUUUGUCCGAUGACCCUGCCUUCCAACCAUCAUGGCCGACUUGGUUAAAAAUAGAACAUAUGGGUAAAAUGCAGUUUUUGGUUUAUAUCUCUGAAACUAAAACAUUUAGAGCAAAUCUGACAGGUGGCAAAAAUGUUCAUCAGAUUUAGAUUUAUCUGCCCUGAAAUUUUCAGACGAAUCCGACAACCCGUUGUUGGGUUGCUGACCCUGAGUUAGUAAUUUUACAGAAAUUUUACAGUUUUUUGUUAUUAUCUUAGAUAUCAUUAUAAUAUCUAAUAUCUAAUACUAUUAAUUAUGAUUUUAACCUUAUUUACAUGAUUUCCAAAGCAUCAGUAAAUACAGGUGAGCGACACAGGCUCUUUAGAGCCUUUAGUUUUCAUUUGGCAGCCCUUUCUCUAUCAUCUAUUGGUUCUACAGAAAUAUUAAAUUCAAUUUUACUGAAAAAGGUGGAAUUGCACUUGAAUUAUUGUAUCAGAUUCACAAAGGGGGGAGGGGGGGGUCUCAACAUUAGAGUUAUGAUACAGAUGUGCUGCUGGGAUUUCAACCAAGAAACCUUACGGUUCAAAACAUUUUUUACAAUUCUUUAGUCAAAUGCAAAUUUGAUCUUAAUAGCUCUUAGCUAUAGAUAGUUAAUGCAUGUGUAUGUUCAUAGUGCCAUAUUAAACAAAGUUUCCGUUAAUGAAGGUGUUGUAUGAUAUAAUUUUUGUAUCACCUGCGAUGAAAGUCACAGAAAGCCAGACAUAGGGAUUGCUUUGUCGGCAAUGGCUGCAGCAAAGACGGCGUCAACAAUUGUUAAGUUUUCUGCUUAUGUUAGUUUGAUAGGAACUACUUGUGAUAGAUCAUUGAUAUUUGAUAUAAAGUUGCAUUUCUAUUAGUACAUAUCAGUUUGACGACUAUUUCAAGGUCAUGGUCCAGUAACUUUGAAUUAAUUAGUAAUUUACAAUGUUAAGUUUUCUGCUUAAGUUAGUUUGAUAGGAUGUACUUGUGAUAGAUCAAUGAUUUUUUGUAUGAAGUUGCAUUACAAUCAGUUCAUGUCAGUUUGACGACUAUUUCGUGGUCCUGCCCACUGGAUAAUGGUCCAGCAACUGAAUUAAUAAACUAUGUUGCUGUCCAUUAGAUUGUCUUUUUCUAAACUUAAUGCCUAUAGACAUAUCUCUGUGUCAACAGUUUAUUAAACCCUAUUGUUGUGAAAAUUAGUCAAUUUACACAAAAAAGUUUGACAAAACUUGAAUGUAUGAUGUUAUGAUUGAGUUCCAAAGAUUUUUUGUAUUAUUCAAAUGAAAAGAUUUUUGUAAUAUCCUUAUGGUAAGAUUAAAUGUAAUUAAAACAAGAAGCCCAAAUUCACAAAUAACAAAGGGAGGAGAUACACUUAGAGCAUUAAUUCAUUUGUUGCAGAGGUAUUGGACAUUAAUCUACAAAUACUCAUAAAAUCAUCACCAAUAUUUUGUGAUCACCACUUUUCCUACAGUAUAUAUGCUUUAGAAUGUAGUGAAAUAUUAAACAAAUGUGAAAUAUCAUGCUUAUAUGUGCAUAUAAGUUUUUUAAUAAUUUAUACCUUGCUUUAUCUGGAGAUUUCUCUUACAGUGUCAGUUAUUUGUGUUUUCCCCAGUUGAUCUAUGCUGAAAUAUGUCUUUUUUAAGACUUUGAAUUUUGCAUUCUGAGAGAAUAUGAACACAAAGCCAAUUAAAUUUGUCCAAAUUCAAUACUGAAUCUGCCAAUGAAUUUUUUUUUCAACACAUCUAGUUAUUUUUACAUGCUUGUUUAUUUGCAUCUGGUUGUACCAGCUCUUGUCACUUUUUGUCAGUAAAGCUUUUUUUGCUAGUAGGCAACCAAAUAGUAUUGGAAAGGUAAAUUUUCUGAUGAACUAACUUUUAAGUCUUUUGUCCAAUUAAGUUACAAAACUUUCCAUUAGGCUUUAUUCAUGGAAAGAUUCUAUCUUUAAAAAUGGGCAUAUAAGUAGGGCAUCCUUAAUCCCUUGACGAAUUCCGGAGUUAUGUCUAUUUGAACGUAAAAAUUUUUUACCAGUCAGUAACUGCAGCUCAACUUACAUGCUUCAUGAAACUUGUACAUUGGAAUUGACAUUUUCCUGAGUUAUUAAGCUCUGAACUUAGAAAUUUUGAACAGCAACCAAAAUAAAAGAGUGGGGUAUAUAACCUACACCUCCAACACCCUGUUAUGUUGUAUAAUAACAAUUUUACAAAGGUCAGAUAGUUUUAUUGUAGCAUAUUGUCUGUUUGCAUAGUAUUAUGUUAUACAAUCAAUAGUUUCUCAUUGCACAAAUUUAAUUAAUGUUCAAGAUAAGAAUGAGAAUAGCUGAGGGUUUGAUAAAGUUUUCAAUGUUUUACUUUAAAAACUAAAUAUUGAUCUCUUGGAAUGAAGAUUUAAAAAUAGUUAUAUACAAAAAACUGAUAAAUUACAAGAAACCAUACAGAUGUACAAAUAUUUCUUGAAGAUUAUAAUUUACCAAUAAAUUGGAAUUAGUUUUUUAACAUUUUAUGGUCCUCAGAUUAAGUGUUGCAUUCAUAAAAGUCCUUCAGUAUGAUAAAUAAGAUAAACCAUAAACGUUAGUGCUGCAAAUCAGUUGGGGUUUUUUUUUUUGGAAGGGGGGGGAUGAAGAUGAGUGUGUGAUUACAAUGACAUUUAUCUUUCAUACAUUAUAUCAUGAUAGGUUCAAAACACAGGGUACACAUUCAUUUUGUCUCAGCUUUAUAUGUUGGUAAAAAUUUAACAUUUACCUGUAGUUUGUGAUAGUUAUUUAUAUAAUUCAAUAUUUUUGUAAAAGUAUGAAUAUUUAGAUCUGUGUGUUUUUAUAUUUAUUUAGCUUUGUUAAUGUUGUUGCCAUUUUAAUAAACUUUGAAUUAA